AUGCGAGAGAAGGCCACUUGGAUGCACCCUCGAUCGCGACACUGGCACCUGAUGGACUAUGUCCCCGUCCGGAGGCGAGACCAGCAGGACGUGCUGGUGACCAUGGCGAUUUCGGGUGCUGACGGGUGGACCGACAAUCGCCUUGUCAUCUCCGAGAUGCGGAUUCAUCUGCAGUCUCGCAGGAGACUCCAAGGUAGGCGACCACCAGAUGAACUGAAUAUUAGUUUGUUGUCUUUGCCUGAUCACCAUCUCCAUCUCAGUAAUGAGCUAGCUCAGCGACUAGCCAACCUCCUAGUCGUCGCCAUUGCUGACGAGAACGCCUCUGUGGAGAACCAAUGGCGUCAACUGUGGGAUACAGUCCAGUCAACAACCCUGGCUGUCCUUGGUCACGCAUGA